GCAGUGACGUCAUCGGGGAUGUAUAGGAGCUGCUGGUGUCUUCAUCCGAACCCACGAUAAACUCUCCUGUGCGUGUCUGUAUGCGUGCGUGUGUGUGUGUCUGUCCUUCACAACACCGACAACAGACAUGUCUGAAUUCUCAGAGGACCAGAUCGUGGAGUUCAAGGAGGCCUUCCUCUUGUUUGACCGGACUGGUGAGGGGAAGAUCACCUACAACCAGUGUGGUGAUGUCAUGCGCGCCCUCGGACAGAACCCUGUCAAUGCAGAGGUGCUCAAAAUCCUGGGAAACCCCAAACUAGAAGAGAUGAACCACAAGAUGCUGGAUUUCGAACAGUUCCUGCCCAUGCUUCAGGCCAUUUCUAAGAACAAGGACCAAGGUUCGUACGAGGACAUUGUGGAGGGUCUGCGAGUGUUUGACAAAGAGGGAAAUGGAACAGUGAUGGGAGCAGAGCUACGUCAUGUCCUCACCACACUAGGUGAAAAAAUGACAGAAGAGGAGGUGGAGACUCUUUUAGCAGGACAUGAAGACGCCAAUGGCUGCAUUAACUAUGAAGAACUUGUGCGGAUGGUGAUGAGCGGUUGAGGACUUCAGAAACACAAGUCCAGCUUUAAUUUUAUUCCUAAAUGUUUUUCUAUUGUUGGUCUUGACCCCCAUUCCACGUCAUUCCUACCUCCAAAAGUCUGUGUCUAUUUUUUUUUUAUUUCUUAGAUGACAUUUUAUUUCAAAAGUGCCUUUUUUGUCCAGUGUGACGAGACCCUUUCAUCCCAUUUUCCAAACAUCAUUCAGUGUUGCAGGCUCCAUCGGUAGAGAUGAUCCCUCGAUGAGUUCACCUCUGUCAUCUUUGUCAAUCAGCCACUGUCAGUCUUGUCGAUAUUUUCUUGGAAGGAUAUUAUAAUGUGACAUCUUACAUUUAACAGUGUUAAAUAAAAAGUCUACUAAGUG